AGGAGGGGAGAGCGCGGCCGCGUGCCCUGCCCUGCCCUGCCCCCGGGCUGGUGUGUGGGGGCUCCGCCGCCUCAGCCUCCGCGCCCAGGGCUCCCCCUGCCCUUCCCGGCAGGCGCCCGUGGGUGGGAGGCUGCUCACAAGGGCUCUCUCCUUCCCUGCCCGGCGGAGACCAAAAGGGCAGCCAACCCCCCCGGCCAAACUUGUGACAAUGGACAUCAGUGGUCUCCCAGUGGAGCUGUGGCGUCUGAUUUUGUCCUACCUGCAUCUUCCUGACCUGGGCCGCUGCAGCAUGGUGUGCAGGGCAUGGUAUGAACUCAUUCUUAGCUUAGACAACACACGAUGGCGACAGCUGUGUCUGGGCUGCAUUGAGUGCAGGCACCCAAACUGGCCCAACCAGCCUGACGUGGAGCCCCAGUCUUGGAGAGAAGCCUUCAAACAGCACUACCUAGCCUCAAAAACCUGGUCUAAGAACACCCAAGACCUUGAAUCUUCCAACUGUUUCUACUUAUUCCGACGGAAGAAGGAUCGCCGUGUCCUCUGUGUAGGGCCUGGGUAUGAGUUUGAAAGCCUCCGAGUUGCCUUGGCCGCUGCCAACCCCUAUGAUCGGAUUGUGCUGCUGCCUGGGGUGUAUGAAGAGCAAAGUGAAAUUGUCCUGAAGGUGCCAGUGGAAAUCGUGGGGCAGGGGAAGCUGGGGGACGUUGCCCUGCUAGUCAGCAUCGACCAGCACUGCCAAACCACUCGCCUGUGUAAUGUAGUGUUUAUGCCUGCCUGGUUCACCCCGGUGGUCUACAAGACAACCUCUGGCCACGUCCAGUUUGACAACUGCAACUUCGAGAAUGGGCAGUUACAGAUCCAUGCGCCAGGCACGUGCCAGGUGAAGUUCUGCACCUUCAAUCAAUGUAGCAUCAAUUUCCACAGCGUGGCCCUCUGCGUCCUUGAGAACUGUGAGUUCAUUGGCAGUGAAAAUGCCUCUGUGACUGUGGAGGGCUCCCCGACCUCUGAUCGGAACUGGGCCUGCAAGCACCUGACCAUGCUGGCCAAGUCCCGCUCUGUUCUGUUACAGGCCCCAGAUUCCUCACCUUGCAGCAGGUCAAAACAUGAAGACUGGGGGGACUCUCCAGUGGGGAAUAUAAGGACCUGUGAGAUUGUGGUAGGUGGGGACCACAGUAACUUACCUCCUGCCUUAAGGACUCCACCAGCACUUGAGCAGACUUGCGAGAAGGAGGCUGAGCUCAAUGGGAACCUUUAUACAGCCAAGGAGGGGGAAGCCAUGACCCUUGACACAGACUCUAGUGAUAGCGAGUUGAGCACCGGCAGUGAGAAUGAGGGAGACGACCAAUCGAUGUACAAGCUGUCCUAUCAGGCCCAUAGCCUGAGUCACAUGCUGACCAAAGUUAUCUACAGCCGGCCACAAACCAAUGGGUUGAAUGCCCUCCAGAAUGACUUUGAGCUCAAAAGUCUGCAACAGGAGCUGCAAAGAGACAAGGAGGCCCAGUCUCUUGCCAACUCUCUGCAAGGAUGCCUCAUCCGGCGGUGCCUUUUCAGGGAUGGGAAGGGUGGAAUCUUUGUCUGCUCACAAGGGCAAGCCAAAAUGGAAGGGAGCAUCUUCAGGGACCUGACGUAUGCAGUGCGAUGCAUACAAAGCAGCAAGGUGCUGUACAGGCUGGUCAUCAUGCUGAAGAAUGACAUCCACCACUGUAAAGCCUCGGGGAUAUUUCUCCGCCUGUCAGCGGGAGGUCUGAUUGCAGACAAUAAUAUCCACUCUAAUUGUGAGGCUGGGGUGGACAUCAGGAAAGGAGCCAACCCUCUGAUACUGUGUAAUAAGAUACACAGUGGCCUUCGCUCAGGCAUCGUUGUCCUUGGCAACGGAAAAGGCAUCAUCCGUAGCAAUCAGAUCUAUGGGAAUAAAGAAGCCGGCAUUUAUAUCCUGUAUAAUGGAAACCCCAUAGUGAGUGGAAACCAUAUUUUCCAGGGUCUGGAGGCUGGAAUAGCAGUGAAUGAGAAUGGAAGAGGCCAAAUAAUAGAAAACGUCAUUCGGGAGAAUCAGUGGGGCGGGGCAGACAUCCGGCGUGGCGGCGACCCCGUGCUGAGGAACAACCUGAUCUGCUGCGGUUACUCAGAUGGAGUGGUGGUGGGAGAGCGUGGGAAGGGGCUUAUCGAGGGAAACACCAUUUAUGACGCUGCAAAGAAAUGUCAGACUGCGUUGGUGGUCAGGUCUGCAAGAGGAGGCAACAAGGGCUGUGGUGUGUGGAUAAUGGCAUCCAGCCUCCCUCACAUCACCAACAACCAAAUUGGGCACAACAGCAUCUAUGGGGUGGCGGUGUUUUGCCGCAAAGAUGAUGCCAAUGACUAUCUUGCCAACCAAGGAGGCAAUGAGAGCUUCAACGAUGAGGGGGAAGCUGCCAUCUGGGAGAAUGACCUGGACAGUGAGGAUGAGCGCUUUGCCUCCCGACGGCUCAUCAGUGUGGCACUGGUAGAGUCGAACAGCAUCAACCACAAUGGAGCUGCUGGGCUGUACAUCAAGAGCAGUGAAGCACUGAACAUCAUUGCCAAUGCCAUCCAUGCCAACCAGGACAGUGGGGUCACGGUCUUUCAGAGCACCCAGCUCACUCGAAUAGCAAACAACAGCAUCUCCUGCAACAGCCUCGGGGGCAUCCUUGUGGAAACAGAGUGCAGGGUGGAGCUCCGUGGUAAUGGGAUAUAUGACAACAGCAGCCAUGGCAUCGCCUGCAAGGGGGACGGGGCCAUUGUUGAGAAUGAUAUCAUAGGCAAUCUUGGGUGUGGCCUCAAGUUGUUACAGACAGCGAACAUGAAGGUAACCAAGAACAGGAUCCAGGCAUUGCAGGAUUAUGGGAUCUUGAUACUCGAUCAAACCAAGGGUCUGGUGCAGGAUAACCUGAUUUACCAAGGAAAGUCCAAAAAAAACAUUUUGCAGCAGGUGUCAAAUGCCGAAGAUUGCAUUGUCCAGAACAACAAGCUUCUCACCUUCAAGAGAAAGUCUGACAUUGCAUGGACCCUGGAGAACCCUCCAGCACGACCUCACAUUGAAGUAACAGCCUGCGGAGUCUCAACAGCAACAAACAGCCAACGCGUUACAACCAUGACAACUAGGAUUGCGGCAAGGGUGGACGGGGGGUGCCACAACAACGGGAGCAUCUUCUGUACUAUUCUUUGAUUCCCACAAAGGUUUUCUCAAGUGUCUUUUUAGAGACCAGGCCAGGAAGCUUAUCCUGUGGGAGGAGGAAGAGGAUUUUGCUCUGUGCUCUUCAUUUUAACCUCCUUGUUUUUAUCACUCAACAAUUUGGCUGCUGAUGGAGCUUAUAGUGCAUUCUUAUCAGAAACAGCAGGGAGACCUUGCCAUCAGCUCUUCUUUUCUAUUUGACCCAUGAGCUCACUCCUGUGGCAAUUGCCAGCAGAUCAGUUGCCCUGGAUAAAGCUCAGUAAUGCCAAUGUGUAGCUGUUUGAUGGGUCUGGCCUACUGUCUCCUCAGUAGCCUCAUGAUGAAGCUUGGAGUAAACUGUUUUUUUCCCCCAAAGAACCGGAACUGUUCCCCAGCACAGAAAGAAAGACUUGAUCAUGAGGACAAGAAUGAAAGCUGUUUGCUGUUUCUCAAAGUCUUGAAUUGAUUUGAAGCCCUUGGCAAUGCAGGACAGAAACCCAACAACAACAAAGUAGGCAGGAUUUUGAUUUGAUUAUUUGUAUUUUCUGAAUUUAAAAAAUACAUGUUUGAGAACCUCAUACUGCAGACCUGCUUUGUCAACAGCCACCUGUAUUUGUGACAAGAGUGCAGGGUUUUAGAAACUAAAAUUGUGUCCUGUGUAAUCUGGUUUAUCUACAGGGAAUAACUGCUUAUAACAGUUCUGAAUUGUAGCAUAAGAUUUGUUCUUGGCCUUUCUGAUGGACCUAUGUCUAGAUGUUAGCUGAGUCCUAACACUGGAGAUGAGUUAGGACCAGAUCUGCACUGAUGCUAACAUGGUAGUGAACGAAGAGGAGCAAUCAGAAUAAAAUUAGGCUCUUUUAAUCACUAGGAGUCAUCCACGAUAGGGAAUUGUUCACGGUAGUCGGGAAAGUGAUUCCAUGACUAGUUCCCCUUCAGCCAAUAUUGCUACCAGCUAGUACAGAUGCAACGUUGUCCACCCUGUUUUCUAGAAUUUAUUGAGAUUUCUCAAGCCAAUGUAUCAAUGUCUGGACACAGAUGGAUCCCAAAGUGCUUUUGCAAGGAUGAAAUGAGGACACACGGUUCAGCUGGUAGAUCAUAGUGACUAGAGGAGGGGAAACUGGGAAAUAAACCAUGUCUAGUGCUGUAUCAUCAGAGUGAAAAAUCCUUUGCCCUGAGCCUGGGUUCAGAUGGAGAUUGUCUGUGUAAAAUCCAGGUGUGACAUCUGUGCUUGGAAGUCGGUCACCUUCUGUGUGAAGGCUUUGCAGUGUGCCUCCCUAAUACUGUUACAAUUUAGGAAGGGUAGUGGGGUAGUAUGAAACUGUUGCUGCCUGCUGCAGUAUGUCAGAGUUGCAGUUUGCUCUUUCAUACUUUUUACCUUGUGCCAGAUCCUCAGCUGAUGUGACCUGGGAUCAACCCAUUGGCUUCAGUGGAUUUACACCAGCUGAGGGACUGGGCCCUUCUCUUCAGGGGAGUUCCUGCUGGCUGUUUCUUACCCAUCUCGCUUUCUGUCAUUCACACCACAUGCCAGACCUUUGGCAGCUACCAAAUGAUGUUUCUCCAUUGACAUCCCUAUGGACAUUGUAAUCAGCUGAGGAUCUGACCCUGGGUUAUUUUUUAAAGAAAAACCAUUGAUUUGUGUAAGAACUUUUGUAAUAAAAAAUGUAUAUGACAAAAAUAAACACUAUAUU